AGGUUCAUACAGGAAGAUACAGUCUUUCAAACUGUGUGGACCCAAGCCGUAUAGGGCUUUAAAGGUCAUAACCAUCACUUUGACAACUCCUUUGCUCUCUGACAUUCAUUCUGUGGUCUUCCGACAGCUUGGCCUGAGCAACUUAACCUAUGGUGGCAAACCCAUGGACCUUGACACGGAAGACCGCUUUGGCUUACCCUUGAUCAUCACCAUCGUCUGUAUGGCAGCCUCUCUCCUCCUUGUGGCUGCCAUCUAUGGCUGUUGCCACCAGCGUAUUUCACGAAGGAAAGACCAGCGUCUGACUGAAGAACUUCAGACGAUGGAGAACGGUUAUCAUGACAACCCAACCCUCGAGGUGAUGGAGACCUCAGCAGAGAUGCAGGAGAAAAAGGUCAACCUAAACGGAGAGCUUGCCGACAGCUGGAUCGUCCCCAUGGAUAGCCUAACAAAAGAUGAUCUUGAGGAGGAAGAGGACACACAUUUAUAAUCCAUGAGAGGAUCGAGAAAGAGAAAGAGAGAAGAUAAACUUCAUACUAAGCAAAAAAAAAAAAAAAAGAGUAAAAAAUGUAAAACCG